CCAAAUAGGCGGCAAUGGCACGGCCGGUUAAGAGGCAAGCACCACAAGCAGCACCAGCAGCGGAUGGGAUUAAGGAGGAACACCUUUUGGCUUUCAUUCUGAAGGAGAAAUAUAAAAACGGAUGCAAAGAUGAGCUUGAAAAAUAUUGUAAAGAGUUGAAGGAAGCAGAUAAAAAUCUAGAGAAAGUGAAUGAUAAAGUUAAAGGAUUCUGUGAAGAUGGAAAACAAGACGAAAAAUGCAAAGGCCUGAAAGAGAAAGUUGAACAAGAAUUGGACACUUUUGAUGCAGAACUUCCAGAUGAUUUAGGAAAUCUAAAAGAUGAAGAAUGUGAAAAACAUGAAGAAAAAUGUAUCCUUUUAGAAGAGACGGGUUAUAAUGAUGAUAUUAAGAAGAAGUGUGUCAACUUGAGGGAAGGAUGUUACAAAUUGAAGCGUGAAAAGGUGGCAGAGGAGCUCCUUUUGAGGGCGCUCGGAGGGGAUGCUAAAGAUGAAGCUAAAUGUAAAGAAAAGAUGAAAACUGUUUGCCUAGUGUUAAGCCGAGAAGGCGACGAGUUGAUGUCUUUCUGCCUUGAUCCGAGUGGAACGUGUAAAGAGCUGAAAAAAAAAUUGGUUGAAGUUUGCCGGCCUUUACAAACAAAAUUGAAUGAGAAAAGUUCAGAAAAAGAUUGUCAUGAAAGACUUGAGAAAUGUCAUUUUUACGGAGAAGCGUGUGAUGGUUCAAAGUGUGAUGAGGAUAAGAAGCAGUGCGAGGGAAAAGGAUUCACAUAUAAAGCACCGGAAUCUGAUUUUAGUCCUGUCAAGCCGAGGGCAUCGUUGUUGAUAAGUAUUGGGUUGGAAGAUGUUUAUAAAAGAGCUGAAAAAGAAGGAAUUCUUAUUGGAAAAGUAGGCGUGGAUCUACCAAAAAGGUUUGGUGAAGAUUUUCUGCAAGAUUUCUUGCUACUCUUGAGCGAAGAUGAGGAUGAUGUAAAAGAGAAAUGCAAAAAGGCCUUAAAAAAAUGUGAUGCUUCUAAGCAUUUGGAUUAUAAUUUUGAAGAGUUGUGCAAAGAGAAAGAGGAUGAUAAACAAAAGAAAUGCGAAGAAUUACUAAAUGUAAAUGUAAAAGAAAGAUGUACAAAUCUCAAAUUAAAUCUUCAUGUGAAAGAUUUGUCUACAGAAUAUGAAAAAGCUAAAAAAUCAAAACUUUUAUUGUGGAGAGAACUGCCAACAUUAUUUACGAAGGGAGAGUGUACAGAACUUGAGUCGGAAUGUUUUUAUUUGAAAAAGGCGUGUAAAGAUAGUAAGAUUGAUGAAGCAUGUCAAAAUGCACGAGCAGCGUGCUAUAAAAAAGGACAAUAUAGGGUCUUGAAUACACUCUUUCGAGAGGGGUUGAAGGGGAAUUCCGAACAUGUAAGAAAUUAUAACAUUCCUGAAGAAUGCAAAAAAUUUGUUGUAGAAGAGUGUAAAAAACUUGAUAAAAAAUACCUUCCAAAAUGUCUUUAUCCUAAAGAAUUAUGUUAUCUGCUUUCAGAUGAUGUUUUCCUUCAAUCCAAAGAGUUAGGUGUGCUUUUGGAUGAUCGGAGAGAUUUUCCAUUUGAAAAGGAUUGUCUUGAAUUGAAGGAGAAGUGUGAUCAACUUGAAACUUAUUCAUUUUCGAAUUCAGAAAAGUGUAUAACAUUGAAAAGACGCUGUGAAUACCUUAGAGUUUCAGAGGGAUUUAGAAAUGUAUUUUUAGAAAGAAAAGAUGAUUCGUUAAAGAAAGAAAACUGUAUGAAAACAUUGCAAGAAAAAUGUUAUGCUUUAUCUAGGAAGAGAAAGAAUCCAUUUACUGUUUCAUGUGCUUUAGCAGGAGAAACAUGUGAAUAUAUGGUAGGCCGUACAAAAGAUGAAUGUAGAUAUUUAAAAGUCAACAUCAAGAAUGAAGAAAUUCUACAAGAAAUUGGAAAAGCAAAUGAAACCGCACUUGAAGAACUCUGCACAACAUGGGGCCGACAUUGUCACCAACUUAUGGAGAAUUGUCCGGAUGACUUGAAAAAAAAAGAAAAUGACAAUGAUCAAAACUGUGAAAAACUCGAAGAAAAAUGCAGUGAUACCUUUAAAAGGUUGAAAUUAGAGGAGGAGCUGAGUCAUAUGUUGAAAGGCAAUUUAAAGGAUGAUGAUAAAUGUAAAAAAGCAUUAGGAGAGCGUUGCGCUGAGUUGGAAAAGAAUGAAGCAUUCAAAAUUCUGCUUACUAAUUGUGAAGAGGGCACCAAGGGAACUGUUUGCAAAGAAUUAGUUGAAAAACUAAAAAAGAGAUGUCCUACUUUAAAAGACGGACUGAAUAAAGCGAAAGAUGAGUUGACAGAGAAGAAAAAAGAAUACGAUGAGCUCAAAAAGGCGGCAGAAGAAUCUACGGAGAAAGCUAAGUUAUUGCUAUCAAAGUCUGGAAAAGCCGCAAUGCCAAGUGGACAGGAUAGCAAUGCUUCUGGACAAGCACAGCCACCUGUACCACCACCAGAAUCUGGGUCAUCAUCAGCAUCAGGGCCACCACCACCACCACCACCAGGAGGGCAAUCAAGUGGUAAAAUAUCAGGCGCACCAGGUGGAGGAUCAAGCACACCAGAUGGAGGAUCAGGCACACCAGGUAGUGGAACGCCAAACUAUGUAAAAUUUGGACUCGUUAAAAGAGCGUAUGUAGAUGGAGGAGUAUCAGAAGUAGAGGUAAAAGCAUUUGAUGCAACGACGAUAGCAUUGGAAUUGUAUUUGGAAUUGAAAGAGGAAUGUAAAGCUUUACAACUAGAUUGCAGUUUUAGAGAGGAAUGUCAGGAAACUAAACUUUGCGAAGAAAUAGACAAGUUAUGCAAAGAAAUAGAACCAUUAGAAAUUAAGCCUCAUCAUACAGAGACGCAAAAAGAAAUCUCAACCACUACGACGACCACUACGACGACCACUACCACGACUACGACGACAACUACUACUACAACCAAGCCGGGAAGUGGAGGAAAAGUAACAGAAGAGUGUACAAUGAUACAAACAACAGAUACAUGGGUGACACGUACGUCAUUGCAUACGAGUACGACAACGAGUACGUCAACGGUGACGUCGACAGUGACGUUGACUUCGAUGCGCAAGUGCAAGCCUACCAAAUGUACUACUGAUUCAAACAAAGAGACAGAAGAAGGAGGAAAAGAAGAAGAAGAAGUAAAACCGAAUGAUGGGAUGAAAAUAAGAGUUCCUGAUAUGAUUAAAAUAAUGUUGUUGGGAGUGAUUGUUAUGGGGAUGAUGUAAAAUGAAUGAAAAAAAUGUUAAUAGAAUGAAAAUGUG